GAGGCGCACAGAGUGAAUGGAUGAGUGCAGGAAGCCUAGACAGAGCGAGAGAGAGAGAGAGAGAGAGAGAGAGAGAGAGAGAGAGAGAGAGGGUGUGCAAGUGAGACGAACCAGCACUCACACUUUCAGCUCAUACUGCGAAUAGAUGAACUGCAGAUCCACUGCUCUCCAGCUUCACGUGGAAGUGUUGCAUUCCCUGCUUUCCUUGAUCACUUUGCCUCGGGACCUCUUUAAUAAUUGGGAUAUUUUAGUGACACAUGUUGCUCUCUUUUCUCGGAAGAAACCUUACUUUAUUUAUUUUUCUUUUGAAGUGUUCUUCGUGCUUGUUUUCUUUUCGUCCGAGACUCUCGGUGCGCUCCUUGGGGAAUGAUUAAGUACUGAGGACCGAAGAGGAGGAGGAUUGCUUGCCUGUCUGCCUGUUCGGCCGCCUGCCUGCAUGUGUGUGGGACUCUAGAAAGACAUCUAAAGCUGAUUGAGGAAAAAGCAAAAAAGAACUUAAAAGUACUUUUUUUUGGGCUUAUACAAUGGAUCUCCCUCCAUUUAGAGGUUUAUCUGAUGUGCCGUGAUUGGUGAAAGGCUUGUAUCCAAGUCUCUUCCCUAGUGGCACAGGUGGCAUUAUGGAUUCAGCACCUCCUCUCAGAACAGACCACGAUGGCUUGGACCUCCAGCAGGUCUCUGUGCUGUCCUUAGAUCAGAUCCGCGCCAUAAGGGCUAGCAAUGACUAUGUGGAACGUCCUGUGACACUCGACCCCACAUCGCAGGUGGGUGUCUUCUAUACACACGAUGAAAGACAUCCUCAGAUGCCUCGCAGUCAGAGCCAGCACCAACAUGCCCACCUGGCUCACCUGAGUCGCUCUAGUACAAUCAGCUCUAUGUCCCGUGGCAGUGCCGCUUCGGACCAGAGACUUCUUUCAGGUUUAACAAGUUCCCAUUCUGGAUUGGCCUCGGUGGUGCGUUCUCAACCCAAAGGCGACCUGAAACCAGACUUGUUAAGUAAAGGCUUGGCUGAUGGGGAGGAUUUAGGCUUGCAUCAGUUCAUCUGUGAACGAUGUAGCCGUUGCAAGUGCCAGGAGUGUUGUGCCCCUCGAAGCUUGCCCUCUUGCUGGACAUGUGGUCAACGAUGUCUUUGCUCAGCAGAGAAUGCCGUGGAGUACGGCACCUGCCUGUGCUGUGUCAAGGGCCUCUUCUACCACUGUUCAGGAGAUGAUGAGGACAACUGCGCUGACCGACCCUGCUCCUGUGCUCCGGCUCAUGCCUGCGCCCGCUGGAGCACCAUGGCAGUUCUGUCUCUCUGCCUGCCCUGCUUGUGCUGCUAUCCUCCUGCCAAGCUUUGCCUCACUAUGUGCCAGCGUGGCUACGACCACGCAAAACGACCCGGCUGCCGCUGCAGCAACACCAACACUGUGUGUCGUAAGAUCUCGGCUUCUAACCCCGCACCUUUCCGGAAGACCCUGGACAAACCGGUAUGACACUGAGACGGCACUCCAUCUGUCAUUCCGUCACUGCAUUCCCCUUUCGCAUUCCUGAGGAUACCAUGAAACCCAAAACUUACUGACCUGCACCCAACCAACCAGGCCUAGCUACAUUAUGUGCAAAAAUGGAAGCUUGUUGAUUCAAAACCAUAAAAUGUUGUCUUUUUAUUUAUUUAUUUAUUUGACUUUCCUGGCUAAGACAGAUGACAAAUGCUGUCCAUAUGUAACCUUUUACAGGGAGUAAGCUAUCAGAAAAAAAAAAAUCUGGUGCUGCGUUGGGUGAAAUGCAUCUUCUGGGCACAGUGCCAUCUUCAGCCAUACUGCGUGGACAGUCUGUAUGCUAAAGGUCUGACGUUUGAUCCGAGGGGGACGGAGAGCCAGAGCCAAAAAAACAUUCAGUACAAACCAUUUUGGACACCAAAAAAAGGGACCAGAUGAAGCUCAUUCAGGAAUGGCUUGUGAGAUGAGAGGUGGUUACCUGAAAAGACAUUGGGCAUGUGUGGAUAUGAAUGGAUGGAUGGAUGCACCUGAAAGAGCGAGAAAACGUGUGUGUGUGUGUUCGUGUUUGUGCGUGUGCAUGCGAAUGGGUGUGAAAGACAUGUAAGGUGUAUGUGCAUGCGUGCGCAGUCUCAGGCCUCUGUCUGCUCUCAGCAGAAGCAUUCUUUUUUAUUUUUAGAGAAGCUGCUCUGAAAGACAAAGUGUCUGGUCAGGUUUCUAGCGCAGGGCAGCCUGACGCCAGCCUUCUCCCAAGCGCUCUAGCGUCCUUACAAUUCCACCCCCCUUCCCUAUCACCACCACCACCUCCAACCAUCAUCACCACCCCACCCUCUCGUCUGCUGCUCACUCUCAUUCCUGCAAUGGGAAUUCUUGUCCUGUACUCUCUCCAGCUGUGCUAUGGGACCAAAUGUAAUUCAAUCAUCAUACAUUCCCCAAAAAAACACAACCUCCACCACCAUGGACUCUGGUCUGAUUUUUUUCCUGCUGCUUUCAAGAUAACAUCAAGUUACACCGUUACAUUCAUUAUUAGAAGCAAAAUAAAUGUCAUAGUACAAACAAAGAAACUUCAGAGCACUGCGUCGUCUAAGAUCUUACUCAUCUUUGAACAGCAAAGAAAGCUAGUCGGGGAAUAUGCUAUUCACACUAUGGCCAUACAUUUCUAAGCACUUUGGACUUCAUUUUGGAUCGGCUCGUUAGCCGCUAAUCGCGUCCUUAUUCCUGAUCGACAGGAAGUGAGAGUGUCGGAGAGCCGGAAGAAAGAGGGGACUCCUUUGAGUGGAGGCUCUAAGUCGAUUGCCUUACCAGAGCACCAUACUUGGGAACAAGGUGAAACAGAUGCACCGAUAUCCAAAAUUGGAACGAGAAAUGAAAUCAAGAAAUCUGUUUCCAGAGUGUGUGUAUGUGUGUGUUGUUUCCCCCCCGGUAUAUGCACAAGGCUCCUUGUUGUUAGAGUUCCUUUGCUCUAUUUUUCUAUCUAUGUAGGAUUGUUAUUGUAUUUCUAUUUUUAUUCUAUUUGGUUUAAUCUGGGUAUUAUGGUUACCGUUAUUUUCUAUUACCAUCGGAAAAGUGAACUUUAAAAUCGCAGGCCUGUCUAACACUUAAACAUUAACCUGAAAGCGGCCUACAUAUUAUGGAGGAGAGGUCUUUUGUGGUUCCACGCAAACGUAUUUGUUUUACAUUAACAGUCACACUAAAUAUAAUGAUCACCCUAUACUGAUCUGUCCUUUAACGAUUACUGUGUAAUUUGGUUGUAUUUCUUUCACCAUCACCAUCACAAAAUCAGAAACGAGUCUUUGUUGACUUCCACACAAUCGACUAAAAUAAUGGAAUUACCAUUUAGGUAAAAAUUAACACGAUUAAAUUUAUGAAUCGUUAUGUUGUGUUUAUAAACGUAGACGUCAAUAACAGUGUAAUGGAAGAGGGUCUCUUUCAGGACUGUCCUUAUUUUAAAGGUGCAAAGACUCAAAAGACAUUUACUGUCCAGGUACAAUGCUAUUGUAUUAAUAAAACUUUCUGUUAAGGAUUUCAGUCCACCGCCUCGUUCUGAUGUCUAAUAGAAAUCAGGUCAGGUGACUUACUGCUACUGGUGAAAAACCCAAACUUCUUUUCACACCGUGAAACCGCGAUUCAACUUCUCCUCCAUGGUUAAAUCUUAAAAGACAAUCUCUCCUAGGAGGGGUCAUAUUCUAGGGAUGGGUGCAGUGUAUAGGUACAAGCAUUUUACAGGAACUGGUGCUGACCACAGUCUUUAAUUUAACCACUAAAAGUUCCCCAUAUUGUCUUUGUAAACGUUGCUUUGGUACAGUUGGCAUCUUGUAAGUUGCAAAAGAAUUAAAGGAGCGAGAGAAAGAGAAAUCUAUAUAAAUGAAUAUAUUGAUAUAUGAAUAUAAAUAUAUAUAUAUAUAAAUAUCUAUAUACAUUUUACACUUUUUUUUUGUUGCCGACAUAUUAUCGAUAAGUCACAGAUAUUUAUUUAAAUGAUUGUUAAGGAAAGAUAAGUAUUUAUUUAUGGUGAAUGAUGAAAAGAAAUGACCCUUGUAAUGAUUUCAAUUUUUUUUUUUUUUCGUGGUGAGAAGGGGGCGUGGCCUCGAGACAGAAGAUAAUAAAUAAAAUGAGUUUUCAAAUGUA